AGCAUCAACAACAGAUAAAAUUGUGUUUCCCAAACUAAAGGAAUUGUAUCUUGAAAGCCUGCCAAGUUUUACUGCUAUCUGCGAGGUUAUGAAUGGAAUUGAGUUGCUGCAAUUGAACGAGCUGAAACUCUGCGAGAUACCAAUGCUCAAUAGUUUUUGCAAUACUUCGGACAGCAAUUACGAUACCAUUCAACCUCUCUUCAAUAAGGUGGCCUUCAGUGCGUUGAAAGGGCUGAAACUAUGGGAAAUGCCCGCAUUGACACAUUUGUGGAAGGGUCCUACUCAACUUGUACGACUUUGUAACCUCACUUUUCUAGAGCUGGAGAGAUGUGAUAAACUGGAAAGCAUGUUCUCAUUAUCCAUAGCCAGAGAUCUGAUGCAACUAAAGAUACUUCGUGUAUCUGAAUGUCAUGAGUUGGAAGUACUUAUUUCGAGUGAAGAAGAAGGAGAUGAAAAUGAGAUAACAUCAACAACAAUAGAAGCAACAGAUAAAAUUGUGUUUCCUAAACUAGAGGACUUGGAUCUCCAUGACCUGCCAAGUUUUACUGCUAUCUGCAAGGCUACGAAUGGAAUUGAGCUGCUGCAAUUGAAGAAGCUAACACUCAGCCAGAUGCCAAAGCUCAGUAGUUUUUGUAAUACUUCGGAUAGCAAUUACAGUACUAUUGAACCUCUCUUCAAUAAGGUGGUCUUCAAUGCGUUGAAAAAGCUAGAACUAAGGGAAAUGCCCGCAUUGACACAUUUGUGGAAAGGUCCUACUCAACUUGUACGACUUCACAACCUCACUUUUCUAGAACUGGAGAGAUGUGAUAAACUGGAAAGCAUGUUCUCAUUAUCCAUAGCCAGAGAUCUGAUGCAACUAGAGAUACUUCGUGUAUCUAAAUGUCGUAAGUUGGAAGUACUUAUUUCGAGUGAAGAAGGAGAUGAAAAUGAGAUAGCAUCAACAACAACAGAAGCAACAGAUAAAAUUGUGUUUCCUAAACUAGAGGACUUGUAUCUCCACGACCUGCCAAGUUUUACUGCUAUCUGCAAGGCUAUCAAUGGAAUUGAGCUGCUGCAAUUGAACAAGCUAAUACUCAGCCAGAUGCCAAAGCUCAAUAGUUUUUGUAAUGCUUCGACUAGCAAUUACGAUACUAUUGAACCUCUCUUCAAUAAGGUUAAAUUAAUUACCAUUGAGGAAUUGGUGAUCUCUGGAAUGGAUAACGUGAUAGAGAUAUGGCCUAGGGAACUUCAACCUAAAGUGGGAAGGAUGUCAAUUUUGCAUUGUCGUAAGCUAUUGAAUAUUCUUAAGGGCAUGCAGAGUAUUGAACGACUUAUAGUGAGGUACUGUCAAUCUGUGGAAGUAGCAUUUGAUCUUGAAGGAAUAAUUGUUAGAGAAGGCUAUCCAGAUAUCGUGCUCCCUUCAUUAACAGAAUUGGCCCUACUUUAUCUACCAAAGUUGACACAUGUUUGGAAGAACAACUUACUAAGAAUUCCAAGCGUUCAGAACCUGACAUCCUUAACAAUAGUGGGUUGUAGCAGUUUGAGAUAUAUAUUCUCAUCUUCUCAAGCCAAACUUCUUGUGAAACUACAAGAAAUAUGUGUAGCUGAAUGUGGUGUGCUGGAAGCAAUUGUUAAUGAGGAACCAAAAGUAGAUGAUGAAGUCGCAACAAAUAUAAUCAUGUUCCCUCAACUAAAUAGUCUCAGACUCUUACAUCUGCCAAACCUCAAGAGAUUAUGUCCCCAAGCUUACACAUUUGAAGGAUCAUUCAUCGAGAAGAUAAAAGUAAUCAACUGUCCCAACAUGAGGGCAAUCCCUUCAGCAUCGCAGUGCAUUGUUCAAGAAGUGGAAUUUUUUAACUCAGCUCAACACCAUCUCUUGGCUACAAAGUUUAGUUUAAGCACCAAGGGAACGCUUGAUGUCACAGGAAUAGAUGAGCCAACUGAGAUAUGGCACAAUCAACUUGAAGUCGGAUGCCUUGACAAAGUAAGAUUCAUGCGGGUCCAGUAUUGUGGAAAAUUAUCAAGUGUUGUGUCGUCCAAGUUAAUGCAAAGGCUGCACAAUAUACAACGGCUAAAAGUAUGGUGGUGUGAUUCACUGGAAAUGAUAUUUGAUCUCCAAGAGGGGGUACGUGCUGAUGUUGCUGAGAAAGAAACAUUAAUCACUCAGUUAAGCAAAUUGAUAUUGAAGUAUUUGUCCAAGUUGACACACAUAUGGAAGAAUAUUUCCCAACAAACUCAUUGUUUCGAAAAUCUAGGAUGUCUAACAGUGCAGCACUGUGACAACCUGAGAUAUGUAUUCACAAUUUCCAUGGCCAACGUUCUUGUGAAUCUACAAAAUCUAACAGUUGAGCAUUGCGAGAAGGUAGAAAAGAUUGUCACCAGGGAAAACGAUGAAAUCUUCUCGCGAAGAAUUUACUUUGUCAAACUUAUGAAUCUUCCAAGUCUCGUGUGUUUUGGCCCGGAUGUAAAUAAUACUGAAAUUCCAGCAAGAAGUACCUCUGUAAGACUCUGCCCCAAAUUUCCAGGUAACACUCCAAUUAUAUAUUUGCAAGUUUUCGACGAACUCAAGAAGGCAACUUCACUACUCAAUUUUUUAGCUAUACAUACACAUCUUACAGCUAAGAAAAAAGUAGUUAUGAUAAGGUAGUAUUUGAUUCAUUGAAAUAAAAUAUUGAAACUAAAUAAUCAUUUCUUAACCUUUUUAUGAAAUGAUCAUUCUUUUACCAUAGUAAAUAAUAAUUCUAUUUAUAAUAUAUUUUAUAUUAUAUUUUUAGUACACCAAAUAUGAAAAUAUAUGUUCUGAUGGAAUGACCAUUCGAUUUCAUUUAAUUUCAAAGAAU